GCAACGGCAACGCAGCGUUCACUAAAUUGCCGCUAGUGAAGAAGACAACGUAAAAUCAGUUUUUCGCGAAGUAAGUCAACUAUAUUUAAUGUAAUCUGCUCUAUUAUUGCACUAAUCGUAUUAAUUUAGUCAGUUUUUAACCAUAAGUGUGUUAUUAAGGACAAACUGAAAGAGAAAAGUUGCCGCGUUAUCGAUGGAGCCGAAUAGUAAUGACAACAUGGCGGAACAAGAUGCGCUUGAAGGUACUAAUUUUCUGUAUCGUACAAUGGUUGUGAGAGAUCCAAGCAAACGCAAAGUGAAACCCGUUGAAAAUCACAUGCAGUUACUAGAUUUUGGCGACUUAGAUGAUAGUUCCGAUGAUAGUGAUUUCGAAAUAGGAGAUGAUGGUCGGGAGACAAAUGAAGAAUCAGGAGAGAGUUCAGCCGGUAACGAUGACAAUAGUGAAGAAGAAGGAGAAGAGGAAGAUGGAGAGCAGGAAACUGAAGACAAUAAAGAUACUGUCAACAUAAAAACAGAACCAACUACAAAUGAACUAGCUCCACCGACUGCUGAAACUAAUGAAAACGUACAAAGGCAGUUAAAACCUAAACUGGAUGAAAUUCCGACCAAAAAACUGAAGGUUUUAAUAUGUAGUGUAUGUCUGGGCGAUGUGAGUUUAUUGCCUAGACAGGGCUCAGAGAAAAUGAUGAACGAUGAAGAAGAUGAAAUCGUAGAAUGCGAUUGUUGUGGUAUUUCUGUGCAUGAAGGCUGCUAUGGGAUUAGCGAUGCCGAAACUGCUGUGACCACAGACUCAUUAUAUUCCACUGAACCAUGGUUCUGUGAUGCUUGUAAAGCAGGUAAUAUGAAUCCUGCCUGUGAACUUUGCCCUAACACUGGUGGAAUAUUUAAAGAAACUGAUGUUGGUAAAUGGGUUCAUCUGGUUUGUGCUUUGUAUAUCCCCGGUGUAGCUUUCGGUGAUGUUGAUAAACUGUCUCCUGUAACUCUGUUUGAAAUGCCGUACUCACGUUGGGGGGCCAAAGCUUGUUUUUUAUGUGAAGAUGAUCGGUUUAGUCGCACAGGUGUAUGUAUUAAUUGUGAUGCUGGAAUGUGCCGAAAUUACUUUCAUGUUACGUGUGCCCAGAAAGAGGGAUUAUUAUCCAAAGCCUCCACUGAGGAAGAUAUUGCAGAUCCUUUUUUUGCAUAUUGUAAACUGCAUUCUGAUAAAAACAUUUCCAGGAGUAAACGUCGUAAUUAUUUAGCCCUUCAGUCUCAGGCAAAAGAGAAACAUUUUUCGGAUUCUGUUCCUUCAGAGGAAAAGUCUAGAAUAGAAAGGAAACUUGCUUUUCAUCGAGAUCUGUAUGUGACUGAUAAAGAGAAAAGGCCUCAGCCAUGGGUUCCUACACAAAAGAUGCCCAGAUUGUUGACAACUAGUCCAUCUGCAUGUAAAAAAUUGAUAAAGAAAGCAGAACUUCUUGGUUUAAGUCCUCAAAUACAUUUAAGCGGUGUUGAUUUUGGAAUGGAUAUAAGACGUAAGUGGCAUGUCCCUCCAGCUUUCAGUGCUGAAUUCGUAUCGUAUUAUUUAGAUAGAAAUGUUCGAAUGGUAUCAAUGCAGCGCAGACUUGAUGAACUGUUGCAGCAGAAUAGUCAGUUGCAGGAACAAGAACAAGGGUUGCGGCAAAAUUACGAGAGAUUAGUUGCAGAAGUAGACAUGGUACGUAAAGAAAAUGCGGAACUGACAGAAAGAGGUAUGCAAUACUGGAAAAUAUUGUGUGAUUUAAGCAAUAAAAAGUAUCCCGUGCCAGAUGUGCUUCAACCGAAACCAAUUUUAAAAUCUAAUAAAAAUAAAAAAUCCGAUUCUUCUGGGUCUGUAAUUAUGGAAUGCAGUAUUUGUCAUAAAUCUCAUGAUCAACAUCAGCUUGCUAAAUGUGACAGUUGUCAAUUGCAUUAUCACUUAGCUUGUUUGGACCCUCCUCUUUCUCGUAUGCCAAAGAAGACAAAAUCUCUUGGUUGGCAGUGUAGUGAAUGUGAUAAAACAGAAGAAGAAGAGCAACAUGAGGAUGUUGAUGCCAAUGCUCCACGAAAGUUACGCUAUCAAGGCAAGGAAAUAUUGAAAUCUGACCAGGAAAAGCCACGUAGAGGGAGGUCAUGCAAAAAGACAUCGGACGACAACAUUGGAUCUGAAGAGAAAGGCGGGGAGAUCUGGAUAUCGUCCGGUGCAGAGGAUGACCACUUGCACGAUGGUUCUCGUCCCCGGUCUGACUCGCGGAGAAAGCGUCGAUCUGCGGAGAUUGGUUAUCGAAAAUCCAGACGUAGAAGUGGUAAGCGCAAAAUUUCGCGCGAAAAUUGGGGAGAAGAGGGAGAUCCUGCAGCCAGUGAAGGAACAGAAGUAAAAACACCAAGACAUUCUACCAGACGCACAUCGUCUACUUAAUACAUUAUUCAUUAGUGCUGAGUUUAACAUCAACCUAAAACUUCAUUUAGUGUGAGUUGCUCCCAUUCUAAUGUAAUUAAAAUAAAUAUUAGGAUAUUAUUUUCCAUUCUUGUACAUUUGAUAUAUGAAUAUAUUAAAUUUUUUUAUUUGUUAAUAUGAGGAGAGCAUCUUGACUUGAGAAAUUUGAUUUUAUACUGUACUGCAAAGAAGAUAGUACAAAUUUUGUAGUGAUUUAGAAAAGAACUCUAAACAUGAUAUUUUUUGUUUGGUAAUGUUUUGUUAGUAGUUCAUUUUCAAUAAUAUAUUUAAAGAAUUUUGAAGCAGUAUGUUAAUUAGUUAGCUUUGGUAUAAUAAAUAUUUCUGUUAAUUAGGUGCAUUUUUAUUUUGUGGUCUUACUUUUAAUUGAUGAUACAGAAUUUUUGUUUAAUACAAUAUCAAAAUUUAAAAAUUGUUUUUUAAUUUCUUUUAUGCCAAAGAAAUUAGCUCACAAAAAAUAUUUUUUUUUUUAUAAUUGAAGCAAAGGUGCGAAAUUUUUAGAAGGCACUACUGUAAAUUUUCUCUUAUUAUAUAAUGUAUUUCCCAAAAAUUAACAUAGAUGUUUAUUAAGAUUGAAUAAUAAUAUUUGUAUAAGUGAAUUUUAAGUCUGCCAGGUUUCUGUUAUUACAUGAGUGUGUAAUAUAAUAAAAAAAAUUAAUUAAUUUUAAUGUCAGAUAUUUUUACAUUUGGAGAUAGCUGUAUUAGUUCAAGAAGAAAAAAUUGAACUAUUAGAAAUGUAAAUGUGCAAAUUUUCAUAUAUCCCUAAAUUUUAAGUAAGAUGAGUUCUUUAUUAUGUGAUUUUUAAGAUUUCUGCAGUUCCCUCCUCUCUUGUUUAUAUGUAGUUAUUUGAGUGCAUUUUUUGACUGAAAAUUGUCAGUUGGAUGUUAAUACAGAAAAAGUGUGUCUUGAGAAAAGACCCAAGUAUUUCAAGGGGAUGUUUGAAGAGUACUUCUGAUUUUAACUAGAAAACAGUGCUAAGUAGAAAAUUUAGCAUACAUCAUUUUAAUUUAGUGCAUCUUAUAUUUGAUAAUCUUUUAAAACUUAAAUUUUUAAUUGCUUUAUAAAGAAUUUUAUGAUAUAUGAAAACUUAGGUGGCUAUGUAACUAGAUAAAACAUUAGCGAGAGCAGUGCAUAAAUAUUGCAUAAUGGUAUUAUGUAUUAUCAUAUAAUGCUGAAAAAUGGCAGAGGAGUAUCUUUGUUCUAAGAAGUAUUUUAUUCUUAGAGAUUUAUUUGGCCUGGCAAUCUUUCAGUUAUUCAGAGUACAAUUUGGUGUUGUUUUUUUUUAUUCUACUAUAUAGGCUUUAGAUCAGUUGUUCCCAUUAGGAUGCACUUUGGGGCAUGUUCGAUUAUUGUUUAUAUUUUAUGACACCCUUAACAACCAUUCAUUCUAUAUGGUUAAAACAUCAUUGCAUCCCCUGAAUGUUUUCGUAUUAAGAAGGUGUGGGCUCCUGUAGGAUGAGAACUUGCGCAUUAUAAGCUGAACUGAGGUACAAGUCUUAAUUUUCAGGUUAUUAUUUUAUAUUAUGUUUCAAUGUUUGCUGCAUAUUAUGCAUGAUUCCUGUCACUUGGUAUUAAAAUUACAUUCUAUUUGUUCUCUUAUCUUAUUAUCAGGUACGAUAUUUUUCUCAUAUCUUGUGCCCAUCAAUCUUAGGUUUUUACAUUACAUCUACUGUACAUUCAAUAUGAAGUGCAUGUGUCAUUUGUUGUCAUUACUAAAAAAUUUUUUGUACAUAUUUAUAGUAGCUUUGAGUGUGUGGAGCAAACAGGAUUGAAAUUUGAUAUGUUUGAAAGUCUGUGAACUUAAAUGUACUCAGUACGUGCAAAAUUUUUAGUUGAUCCAUUCAGCUGAUGUUUGUAAAGUUUUGUUACACACAUUCAAACUUUUAUUUUUAGUGGAUGAGUUGGAUUAGUUGAUUGGUUAUUGGUGAAUCUGGAAUCUUGCUUUCUCAGAAAUGUUCUGAUCCUGUUAUUUGCACUGCUGUUCUUUUGCCAUCCAAAUGAAGUUAAAGUAAUCAGUAAUGCUUACUAGCAUAUUUCAGUUACAUUGUAUUGUCCAGUAAAUUCAGAUAUAUACCAUUUAACCACCAAAGAGAGACUUGCUAUGUUUGAUUUCCAUCAUAUAUACGGAAGGAAAUUGCAUUUCUGCAGGUCUAAUACGAUUUAGAUAUUGGGUUAGGUUAAGUUAUUUGGUUAUAGCAAAGCACUGCAGCCUUUGUAUGCUGUGCCUGUUUAGAUAUUGGGAAGACACUAUUAUGAGCAAUUUGCGGCGAUUAUUCAUUUUUGGUCAACACAGAAAUGACACAUUUCUACAGAAUUAUCAACCUUUUUAUAUAUAUGAACACAUUAUUUUUAUCUAUCUGCAGAAGCAUGUAAGGGAUUAUUUGUAGUCUAGUCGGACAAUUAGAGAUGGAUGCUUGCAAACUGAUUCAAAGAAACAAUUCACUUUAUUGAGCAAGUGAAUGGUGAUUAGCUAAAACGGAGCACUAGUUUCUGUAGAGUUCACCCAACAAGAGCUCUUGUUGGAAGCAUGCCAGGGAAAUGUUUGAAUUUUAAUGAAUAUUAUUUUAUUCCAGAAUUUUACUGUUAGUUCUACGUAGAAGGAAGGGUUGAAAGAAAUCGGUCUAGGCAAUUAAUGGUCUGAUUGAGUUGGUUCUGAUCCUACUUCUCGUUCAAUUCCCUCCCUUUUCGAACCAACCGUUCUUGAUUCAUUCCCAUUUUUCAGUCAUAUUCAUCAAGGUUAUUAUUAAUGAGCACGAGUUGUAAAAAAGAACUGAAUCAGCUCAAUUAGCUAACAAUUCUUAUCAGAAGGUAUAUUUUGCCCACCUCUAUUGACAAUAUCACUGUUUGCAUACAUUUGCAGUUCCUUGAACAACAGUGGAUGUUCUAUGAAUUACUAGUAUGUAGUGAGCUGCAGAAGAAAAGUGCAUUUCACUCUCAGUUUUGAAUUGAAGUUCUAAUUUAUGCUUUUAUGUAAGUUAAUUAGAUUAUAACUUCAAGAAUUCAUAGUAAAGUCAUUAAAACACCCUUCAUUCAUGUGGGCAAUUGCUGUAAAAAUUGGAAAGGGGUAAAUGUUCAAAAUGCCCUUCAGCUUGAAUUUUGUAAUGAUGUAUUAAAAAGUUUAAUCUAAAAUGGUUAUUAAUGGAAUUUGGCAAAAAGAAAUUGUUGAAUUACGCUUUAUGUUUAUGUAGCAAGGCUGUUCUUGAUGUGUAGUAGUUAGAAUCAUAUAUAAGUUGAAGUUGUAUACUAUAUAUAUUUUCAAAAGCUUAUGUAGAAAGAAUGCUUCUUUCAUCUUGCAUAAGUGCUGCUCUUAAAAUUUAUUGGUUGUUAUGUGUGUCAUGAGAAAUAGUUUGAUACAGUUUUGUAAAAAAGUUAUUGCCGUCUUUUGAAAUUCAUUGCUGCACAUGUGUUCGGUGUAGUACUAUUUAUGUUUUGUGCGUGUGUGCAUGCUUAUGUCAGAGUAUUUCAGUUUUGCUUCAUGAAGAAGUAAUGUAUAAAAGGGAAAAGUUCUUUAAAUAAAUGCUUCCAUACUUUCUAGUAAUUUUUUUUUUUUUUUUUUUUUUGCCUGUUUUAAACUGUACAUAUGAGCAUUUCUUUGAUUAAUUUUUCAUAAGUAUGUAGGUUUGAAUUCUGUUGUGUUAGUUGGUCUAAAAUACUUCUGUUUAAAAUAUAAUUUUGUUGGGCAGAAUUAGUGAAGUCAUUGAAUAUAGUUCUGUUGCAAUUUAGUACAUAUGGUGAUCAGUAGGCAUAUCGUUUGUAUGAAAUAAUGUGCAUGUUAAAUUUGUACAUUAAUAGUACUUCUCAUUUAUUAUUUUUCAUUUCAUUAAAGUACAUUAUCUUUUAUUUUGAAAUACCUUUGAAAUUGUGUAAUAUAGUUUAUUUAAAAUAGAUAGUAUUGAUAUACCAUCAUUGUAUUAUGCUAAUUACAAAUAAAAUCUUGUCUGAUUA